AUGGCCACCAAAGAAAAAGAAAAACUAUUACGUGAAAAAGCCGAAGAAUUGCGAGAAUUGAAAGAAACUUUUGAGAUGUUGGAAAAAGAACUAACGGUAGAACAAAUUGGUAAUAACGAUGCUGAGAAUACUGUAAAUGCAAUGAAAGAAAUUACGACAACGUCAGCAAACCGUCAAUCUAGGUAA